AUGGCAAACUCCCCAAGUUUUGUAAACCUUUUAGCUAGUCAAGGGGUAGUUGACCUUGACUCACCGCAACCUCCCUUUCCUAACUUUAGCACCCAAUGUUCCGAUGAGUGUACUGUAAAACAGAGGAGAAAAUGGUCACCGAAGGAGGAUAUAAUCCUCAUCGGUGCUUGGCUCAAUACUAGCAAAGACCCAAUAGGCAUUAAGUUUAACUUGGAACAUGCGUGGAGGGAGCUUAGGCAUGAUGUGAAAUGGUCGUCCACCUAUCUCGAGAAGGACAGUGGUAAGGACAAGCGCAAAAUAGUUGACUCUGAUGCUCAAGGGUCAGUGACAGAGCCACAAGAGAGACCCAUUGGAGUUAAGGCAGCUAAGGCUGCUGGGAAGAGGAAGAAACUUGGAAAAGAAGAAGAACUAGGACAACUUAAAGAAAUGAUGGUCACCAAAAAGGAAAUCUCAAAUCAGAGUUUGCUUGCAAGUUUGGCUGCAAAGACCGAGCCACUCUCCGAUAUGGAAGAAGCUCUGAAAAUAAAAUUAAUGUCUGAGAUGUUGUACAAGACCCAUGUGAGCACUGAAGACAAGUACGCUGAUGUAUAA